UGGGUGUGCUGCAAAGGCGCCACCAAGCUUGGCAAUUGCAAGGCACGUGUCUCUACAGAAGGAGAUUCAAAGAUACGUUUCGGUGCUCAACGGCACAAUCACAAACCACUAAACUGCUGCUCCACGGAAAAAGGGCGCGCGGCGUAACUCGUUCAUGUACGAUCUGCCCUACGAAAUGAUCAACAAUCGCAAGGGCGGUUUGAACCUUCACUUCCGGGGAUACGUGUAUCGGCGGAAAACCAACUUCUCCCAGACGACGAACUGGGUCUGUGCGAACCCGCUAACGAGCCUGAAUGGCAAUGCGAUCGGUUACCCGGGCGCUUGCGCCGCUCGCUGCAUCACGGACGGUGCCGGUGGCAUACGGUUCAGUAAAAAAUGGCACAACCAUGGCCCGAUCGCGGUUAUUACAGAGGUUGAAGAAGACUAAUGAUAAGUUUGGUGUUGACUUUCGCCUAUCAAUAGGCGUGGAAUAAAAUACCUUCCAGCUUUAA